AUGCACGCCAGCGUCAAGAAGGCGCACAAGAUCGGCAAGACGCAGGUGAAGAGUGCCAAGCGCACGCCCAAGUGCGUGGGGACCGAAGUGAGUGUCCUCGGCGACGCCACGUACUGCGUCAAGGGCAGCGCGUGCUCGGGCUCGUCCAAGGCUGGUGUCUGCCCCUUGGCGAGCUCUGCGCCCAUUGCAGACUGCGUGCCGGGCAUUGCGUCCUUUGAUCCGUCGACGCAAACAUGCUCGCUGCCGGCCGACGCAACGUGCACGGACCUUGGCAACGGCGCCUUUGGCUGCGUACUCGAGUUGGCGACCCCUACGCCGACGACCGCAAGCGCAAGCACCGAGUCGGGCAAUUUCACGUGCACCGAUACCGAAGUGAGGCAACGCGUGCUCGGGCUCGUCCAAGACCGGCACUUGCCCCUUGGCAUCCGCAACCGCCACCGCCGACUGCGUUCCGGGCAUUCCGUCCUACGAUCCGAUCUCGAAGACGUGCACGCUCACCGAUGA